UCAGACACCAUUACAUUCAUAAUGCACUUGCGCUAUCUUUUUUGCUUAAGUUUACAUAAUCCACGAAUGUGAAGGUUGGUGACUUUCUUUAGCGGGGAGGCUGUAUGAGCCGUCACCUUUGCCUCAGUUGUGAGAGAAGCGCGCGCGAUCGCGCCUGUGCUGUGCUUUGGUUUUUUUUUUAAUUUAUUUUUUUGAAGUGUUGUGCCGCUCGGAUAUCAUGAGGUUGGCUUUUUGGGUCACAGCUUUGGCUGUGCUCAGCCUUACACUCGCCAAAAAUUCGACAUUGAAAGCAAAACCAAAACGACAAUUGGAGAGCAUCAGAACACCUCAGAAUCUGCAAUACUCAUUAGUGUUACCCCAUUCAAGAGUCACGCACUUCAGGUCACUUUCCAGUAGUCGACGAAUCGCCCAUGUUCCAUCGAAAGGCGGCAAGUUGCCACCGUAUGCUGUUCAAAUGGAACCGGUAGUCCAGUACUCUCAGAAGGAUCCUCUGUAUGACCCAAAUUUGGAAAACUUAGACGAUGCUGGAGUAAAUAAAAAUGAAAUUUAUGCUCAACCGAAAAUUCUUAAUGUACAUGAUUCUUCGGACAGUUCUUAUGGCCAAUCUUAUGGAGCCCUUCCAACUGCUCCAUUGUAUAGCCAAGAUGCUCAUCCUCAUUAUUAUGAAACACCGGAGCCUAUAAUAGAAAUUAUCAUCAAAGAAUCAAAUGAAUCUCUUCCUGCACCGCCUCCACAAGUAAUUCCUAAAAAAAAGAAAGAACCAGUUCAAGUUUUCUACGUCAAAUACAGUAAAGAUCCUCAUUCUAAAGAUAAGGUUGUAUAUGAAAAACCCAUUCCUGCAAUAACUCCACCAACCAACGAUGAAGAUGAACACCAAGAAGAAUAUGUUACAGUUACACCAGAGCCAGCAUAUGGUCCAACACAAACGACAACUUUAAGAGCGAUCAUCAAGCCAGAAUCAGAGGUUUAUCAUAGUGACAGUAGUGUUAAAAUUACAUUUGGAAACGAAGGCCGUCAUUACAGUGACAGACGUGAAGCAAAUACAGAAAGUCAUGAAGCAACUGCGCCAAGACCGGCUAUAGCUUUUCCAAACCAACCACCGAGUCAUCUGCCUCUUGAACGUUCUGUGUCACCUAACCCUUUAAACUACGAAGGCUCAACAAGACGUUUACCAAGUCAUCAAAAUCCUCAAACUUACAAGCCUGUUUCACAACACGCUCAAAGUCGCAUCCAGUUUCAACCGCAAUAUUUAACCAAUGAACAGCAAUUACCCAGACAAAGUCCCUCGACUUCUCCCUUUAGAACUCAAUCUCACAUCAACCGUCAAAAUUCAUUUGGUCCUUCACCAUCAUUAAGCCCACAUCCCAGUCCUCAUACAAAUUUCGCCAACAGUCCAAGCCCAAUUCCUCAUUUUGGUAACAGUCCUUCCACUGUGGCAGCCCCACUUGGACCUGUUUUUCCUACUUCUUUUCCUAGGCCCAGUAAUAUUCCUUCAUUCCAUGUUCGCCCAAGUCCUCCAACGUUCGCUCCUAGACCUCCCUUUAAUGGACCACCGAGACCAAUUUUCCAUAGUGGACCUCAAAGACCGUUCCAGCAACCACAUCCUCAAUCCAGACCAUUCUUUGAUGAACCCAAAUAUUUACAAGAAAAUUAUCACACUAUAACUAGUGAUCAAAUUGAUCCUCCGAAGGAACAAUUAUUACCUAAUAGACAACCUCAAAACUUCAAUUUUGUACAUUCUAGUCCAAGUCCUACGCCACCACAAUUCCAGGAGCAUCCCAGCCGACCUCAAAUUAUUCCACAGACUCAACAAUUACCGCAGCAAAGGCCACCACAGCAUUUUGUUGAUAUUCAUAACAAACCCACAUUUUCCAUAACACCAAGUAGAUCUCCCUUUUUCAACUUAAAACCAUCGCCUCCACAAAUAGAAGACAAUCGACCACCAUUCCAACAGAAUAAACAUCAGCAACAAGCCCAGCUCCCUCAGCCGCAGCAAUUCAGCUUCCACCAAGGCGCUCAAUUAUCACCACAGUCGACCUCUGGAAUUCCUACACAUCAUCAGCAUAGUUUUUCGAGUUCAAUUUCUCCUUCCCCAUCACCUAUACCUCAAAAUCAAUUUCUGCCACAACCUUCACCUUCGCCUGCUCUAUUUAAUUUCCAUUCGCAACCAUCACCGCCACCAGAGCAACAUCAUUUCCAUCAACAAAACUCACCAUCUGAAAGACCACAAAUCUCUCAAUCUCAUGGACCCACAGAAAGACCAUUCCAGCCACAACAAAAUAAUUACAGAGACCAAUCUAACCUACAACAUCAACAAAAUAUAGAACAGUUUGUGCCCAAUGGUGGAGAGCUGGUAGCAUCUAUUCCUAAAUACGAACAACAUAUUACUGUUAAUGGUCCUAAUGCACAACCGAACUACAGUGGGUUAAGCGAAACUGUAAAACCUACGCCAACUACAAGCCCAACUGAGCAAUAUCAACAACAUCAACAUCAACAACAACAACUGUAUGACUCUGAACAAGAACAAGUAAGAUUACAAUUAGCAGAAAAUGUGAAAAAACAACAAGAAGAAAUACAACGUCUACAAGCUCAAUUAUUGUUAGCACAACAACAACAACAGCAUCAACAACAACAACAACAGCAUCAACAACAACAACAAUUACAGCAACAAAGUAAACAAUAUGAACAAACCUAUAAACAAGCUCAAAAUGAUUAUAAACAACAAACAAUACAAGUUACUUCACCCAAAUCUCAAUACGUGCAAGAAAGAUCACGGGAACAGUCUAACUAUGCAUCUAGCACUCAAGCUCCUGCUUAUUAUCAAUCUACGUCUAGAACUGUGGAAAUCAAGCCUACUACCCAAAAAUAUUUGUCAUCAACGCGUAAUUCGAUUAGCACAACACCUGAACCAAAAAAAGAAGAGAAAAAGAAGAAACCACAAAUUGAACUUCCCGAUGAAGUCCCUGAUGAUCUGCGUCAACAAUUAUUGUCAUCAGGUAUCUUAGAUAAUGCUGAUAUUAGUGUUUUGGACUACGACAAAGUAGGCGACACACCAUUGGAGUCGUUGCCACCAGAUCAAUUGGCAAACUUCUUUAGCGCAGGUGGUGCUCAACAAAUUGCGGCUAGUGAACACAGACCCGUAAUAGUAAAAGCAAAUGGUGAAAAAAUUGAAUCAAGAAUCGAUGAAGAUUCCGAAGAUCAAGAUAUCGCUGCUUCAGAAAAUGUAGCAACAUACGCUCUCCCACCUCCAUCGGAAAAACAAGCUGUGGAAAUGAAGGUUGUUCAUUUUGAUCCAAAAACAGCUGAAGGUCAAAAUAUCGCAAAGGAAUACGUAAAAGAAGAUGCCACUCAAUUAGAUCCUGUUGCUUUGAAUGAUAAAAAAUACAACAGGUACUUACCAUUAAAAGUAAGUGGCAACCAGUUUCCUCUGCCAGACAUUCUAAAAGGAAGAAAAAUAACAUCAGUUGUUGUUUUGGCGCCUGUGAAAACAGAGGAUUUAAGUGGUGACCACACAAGAUCUGAGCGGGCUGCGAGUAAUGCUUUAAGAGGGAUAAAGUUUGUUGCUGGGGACAGUUUGCAAGAUUUACUCAAACGACCUACCAAAGACAACUUUGAAAAAUGGUUGGAUGUCGAGAAAAGAACAAGUACAGACCAACAGUCUGUCAUCCUACUUGUGACUGGGAAUGACAAAACACCCGAGGGGAGGGAAAUCUUCAUGUACGAUAUAUCGUCGGGCAGUGUCAACAAAUUGAACGGAGACCUUUCCAAUGCUUUUGUGGAGGCCGCAGAAAAUAACUCAAUUAGUAGAGACAUCGAAAAACUAGCUAUAGAAGGGGAUGGCACCCCUGAGGAUUUCAGAAAGGGAGACGACGAAGUUGCUGCCGGUUCAGAGAAUGUGCCAUUAUUAGUAGAUUUAUCUGGUGUGAGUUUAGAUCAAGGCAAUAGUAACCAAGUGUCAAUUUCAUCAGGUUACAGUAAAACAAAACACGGCCGAUCGAUACGAAGACAUUGACACGUCCAACGCCGUAUGGCGAACGACCCUUGUAAAUAAUAUAGUAUAGUUUUAGUAUUACUAAAUUAAAAUGGCGGCGUGAUGUUGCAUAGUCGAUUAUAAAAGUGAUAAUCAGGUUGUACAAAUAAAGUACCUUUUUAUAUA